AACACCAGCCAGCAUUGGGGCGGCACAGGCGAAGAGAGAGAGAGAGAGAGAGAGAGAGAGAGAGUGAUUGGAGCUUGUAAACUCCCUCAUUGUCGGUAGUGUAAGACUGAGAGAGCCAGCGGUGUGCGCCCUCUGCUCCUGGUCACUUGUAGAUAUAGAACAAUAAAUGUACAACAUUUAUAUACUGUUAUCAGUGCAGUGUUGAAAGACCAUGAAUUGGAAUUAAUGGUGCAAUUAAUGGUGCAAUUUGCUUUAACUUUUCAUCAUAUAUAGGUAUUCAAAGCAUACAAAUAUCAGUGACUGAAAAUGACAUCUUUUAAGGAACUGUACUCAAAAUUCCGAGGACUCUUGCAGCAAUCAUGGCUGACAAACGAUGUAGCAGCACACUUUGGUCCCACGGCAACACUAGACAGCAUGUUCAAGUAUUUGUGGUCAAGACCAGAAGCACAGCAAGAGCUGCUGCCUCCCCCUGGCAACCUUUGCAUCAACAGGAAAGGAGAAUCAGAGGCUGAAAAGUUCCGCAAUGAAGGAAAUCGUCUUUAUAAGGAGAAGAAAUUGGAGCAGGCACUCCUAGCAUAUAAUUACAGCAUACUGGCAGCUCCACACCCAGGUCUUGAUGGGGAGAUUGUAGGAUCACAACAUGAGGGACUCUCACUAGCUUUUGCCAACCGGUCAGCUGUGCUAUAUGAAAUGGCCCAAUACAAGUAUGCAUUGGCAGAUGCUGAGAGAGCUCUUGCCUUUGGUUACCCUUCCUCUAAGAGACAUCGCCUGUAUGAGCGAAGGGCGAAGUGUCUCCAAGCAAUGGGGAAAAUGGAGGAAGCCAAUGCAGUUUUGGAAGAGACUCUCACUGCCCUUGCUACCUUGGCCUUGGAUGAGAAGGAGGUCACAGCUGCCAAGAACAGCAUCAGUAAAUUAAAAUCUAAGUGUUAUGACAAACAGAAUACAAUCCCUGCUACUCUACGGUAUCAGCAUGUGUUUUACACAGGGCAAGCAUAUCCUCCACCAGUGUCUCAGCCUCGGUCUGACCUGCCCUGCCUCAGUGAUGCAAUCAGUAUACAAUACACACCCAUACGAGGCAGACACCUGGUGGCCAACAGAGACAUCCGGCCAGGGGAGGUAUUAGUGCAAGAGGAUGCCCUUGCUGCCACAACCAAGCUGGACACCACGCUACGCUCCCACUGCUCCACCUGCCUGCAUCGCUGCCCUGCUCCACUCCCUUGCCCCACCUGUUCCCUGGUGGUGUUUUGCAGUGAGGAAUGCCAGAGGAUUGGUGUAGCAGGAUACCAUAGAGCAGAGUGUGGAGUGCUGCCUACCUUGGUGUCACUACAACUUGAUCCUGCCGCAGCCCUUGCUUUUCGUGUCUUAUCGUCUACAACUCUCCCUGCCCUGCGUAGCAAAGUGUCAGCCCUACUGCAGGAGGGGAGUGGCACAAGACCUAUGCUGAGUGUACAGAGAGACUACCGAACACUGUACCAUCUUGAGGGACAUGAUACUGCACGCACUGAGAGCCAACUUCAGGAAACAGCAGCUAUUGCCUGUGUUUUGGCGCACAUAUUAUUUGAAAACUGUUCCUCUUUUUUGAUGGAUAAUACUGGAAAAUUUUGUGCAAUAAGUGAGGAGGACAUCAUUCUGGUGGGUGGCCAGCUGAUGCGUCUUAUACUGGGGUUAGAGUGUAACAUUCACCUCACAAAAGAGGCACUAGUAGGCACUGCUGUCAUGAACAAGGGUAGGGGGCAGGAAGUGGGCUGGUCAGUGUACUCUGCUCUCAGCUUUGUGAACCACUCGUGUGUGCCAAAUACCCUUUCCACUUCUCAUGGCAAAAUCAAGUUUCUAUACAGCAUCAACAUCAUCCCACGAGGGGCGGAAAUUACAGACAGUUAUGGUGAACGGUAUGUCAGCCAUACACGCACAGAGCGUCGCACUGCACUUCAGCAGCACUACUACUUCUGUUGUGGUUGUGCUGCAUGUCAAGCUGACUGGCCAUUAUUCAAAGACAUUCCAGAAAAGCCAAGUUUAAGAUGCCCAUCUUGCUUCCAGGCACUGGCCAGAUUUACAUGCAGACUCUGUGACAUAUCAUGCACCUCGCAAGCCACAACACAGACAGGGAUCCGUCUCUAUAAUGCUCCUGAUAUUCUCAAACAACUAAAUAAAGCAUGGCAUGAUUUCCUCAAGGCAACAGUACAAAUUCAAAAGGGGAACAUUUCUCCAGAGUUAGUUGAAAUGGUAGUGACCUUGAUGGAGAUCCUGGACAAGUACACAGUCUACCCUAGCCAGGCUAUUAUCAAUGCCCAGGAAGCACUUAUGGCUUGCUUUGACCUCAUGGGUUCUGUCCACUUCCUUCCCAUAACACCAAAGCAAAAAUAACUGAAAAAACAUGAUUCACAAGUCACUACAUUGGUCAUUUCAACAAUACAAGACCUACACAAUAUGAGUUUGUGCAGCUCAUUGAUGGCAAAGUGGUAUCUUGAGUCUUCCUAAAUAUCCCACUUGAGUGCUAUAAAGCUUGGGGCCACACAUUCUAACAAGAGUGUGCACAAAGCUAUUAUCUAAAUAAGGAAUCCAAGACAAUCACACACACACACACACACACACACACACACACACACACACACUUUGUGCCAAAAUAUACUAAGAAAAUCUUAAAUGGAGAUCAAUGGUUUAACAAAACCUGUGACAAGGCAAAAAGGGAGAAGGAAAAGGCAUGGGAAAAAUACAAGAGAAAUAAUAAGGAAGUGGAGAGAGAAGCAUAUAGGAAUGCAAGAAAUAAAUAUGUUCAAGUGAGAAGAAGAGCACAACAAGAAUUUGAACAGAAAAUAGUGGAGAAUUGUGAAAGUUAUCCCAAAAUGUUUUAUAAAUUCAUUAAUGGUAAAUUACAGAAAAAAGAAACAGUUGAUAAAUUAAAGGCUGGAGAUUAUAUAUAUGAAGAUACAAGUGUCAUUGUUGAAAAAUUGAAUGAGAAUUUCUGCAAAGUAUUCACAGAAGAAACACAAUUUAAUCGACGGAUGUUACCUGUGACAAGAUGGAUGCAAGAAAUUAUAGUAACAAAGAGUGACAUUGCAAAAGUUUUGAGUCAAUUAGAUGUUAACAAGGCAAUGGGACCAGAUGGUGUGUCUGGAAGAAUGUUAAAAGAAUGUCAAGAGCAGUUGCUA